GAGACAAGGGCCCUUGAAAGGCGCAUGCGUAGUCGGGAUUGUUGGUUGCUUCGCUGCUGGGGGGCGAUUGAAGGCUGGAAGUUUGCGGCGAGAGGCCACCCAGAGCGGCAGAAUGGCAGACAAGAAGCGCCUCGCCUUCUCGAUCAUCCAGUUCCUACAGGAUCAGUUGCAGAACGGGGGCCUCUCGCCCGAUGCUCAAGAGAGCUUGGAAGUUGCCAUUCAGUGCCUAGAGACAGCCUUUGGGGUGUCCAUGGAUGACAAAGCCUUGGCCAUUUCUCAGACCCUUCCCGAAAUCUUUGACGCUGCAGCAGCGAAGGAGCCCCAGCCGAGCAGAACAAAUUCGGAGCCGGUCACUCCCUCAGAAGAAGACAUGGCUGAAGCAGAAAGGCUGAAAACAGAAGGAAAUGAGCAGAUGAAGUCGGAGAACUUCGAAAGCGCCAUCUCCUACUACGGGAAAGCCAUCGAGUUGAACCCAUCCAACGCGGUGUACUAUUGCAACAGGGCUGCCGCUUACAGCAAACUCGGGAAUUACGCUGGAGCAGUUCGAGACUGUGAAAGGGCGAUAAACAUCGAUCCUAAAUACAGUAAAGCUUACGGCAGAAUGGGGUUAGCACUGUCUAGUCUAAACAAACUCUCAGAUGCUACCAUCUACUACAGAAAAGCCUUGGAGCUGGACCCUGACAAUGAAACGUACAAGUCGAACCUGAAAGUAACCGAGCAGAAAAUGAAAGAAGCACCGAGUCCGACGGGCAGCGCCGGAGGCUUCGAUCUAGCUGGCUUGCUCAACAAUCCGGGCUUCAUGAGCAUGGCGUCUAACCUGAUGAACAACCCACAAGUACAGCAGCUCAUGUCAGGGAUGAUUUCUGGCAGUAACAAUCCCAUGGCGACGCCCGGAGCUGCCGCUUCCCCCAAUGACCUCGCCAGCCUUAUUCAAGCAGGCCAACAGUUUGCCCAGCAGAUGCAACAGCAGAACCCUGAACUCAUAGAGCAGCUGCGCAGUCAGAUUCGAAGUCGGACCCCCAGUGCCAGCAAUGAGGAGCAGCAGGAAUGAAGAAGGUGGCAGGGACGGUCUUUGUUGGAAAUGGGUCCUCUGCUGCAGGAGAAAAUGAAAAAAAAGCAACUGGAAAGCCAUUUCUCCAGCUGGAAAAAACCCAAGAGGGAAAAGGGGGCGGGUGGGGAACCAAACUUGAUACGACCUGCAUGUUAGAGACAGUUUCUCGUAGCUGACCCUUCCUCUCUCCCUCCCUCCACGCUGUGCUCCCAUGUGGGUUUCUUCAGAAGAGCCAGCAAGCUUCAGAUCACAAACCUGCAUCGAUCCUUCUCUGGGACUUCUGAACAUUGACCGCCCCUUUGGCGCUGUUAAUUCCCUCUUUUCACCCAAGGAAGCACUGUUGAUCGGAAGAGCGCUCUGCUUGGAUAGAGCGCCAUUAUCCAGUCACAAUGGUGUGAUCAACUGAUUUUAGGUUUAUACUCAUUGUAAGCCUUUCUGUAACAAAUAAGAGGGAAUGGGGCGUGUGCAGUAUGCGUGUGUGUGUUUUUUUUAAAGAAACACCUUGUCACCUUUUUGCUGACUCUGGCUCCUGCAAGCUUGGGACUUUCAUGCCGUUCAUUCAUUCUCCUGUUUGGGUAAUGUUCACUGGCGUGCAACACAGAACAGUCAAUCGGAGAACCUUAUUGGAAGGGGUUUGUGAUCAUGUGUGUUGGGGAGGGGGGGCAGCCCAUAAUAGUAAAGACCGUUUUUCUGUGACUUUGCAAAUCAGAGCAUUCUUUUUUUUCUUAAAAAAAAAAGGACUCUUGGUUUGUGGUACUAGUGAUUGUGUGGAUAGGGUUUGUGAGCUAGUCGGAGCGGGAAGGUAGCUAGAGUGAGUUUGACAGCUCACAUUUUGGAUUUUUAAAAGUGAUUUAAUUCAGGGUGGUUCUUUAAUUAUCAUUAAUUUUGCAUGCUUGUGACAGGAGUAAAGCAAAAGAGGGUCGUCAGAUAGGAACUUCUGUGACGGGGCCUUGGUUAGAAGGAGACGGAGAUCCACUUGAAUCUGGUAAACCAAUUGUGUCAGAGACAAAGAACAGUGAAAUUAUUGGGGAUCCGUUAGAAUCCUUCAAGCCAUUCUUGUGGCAAAAACAAUGGCUCCUGUGGGGGGCGGGGGUGGUAAAGAAGGGCGUACAGUCUGCCCCCUUUCAGCUCUCCCUGACCCCAAUGGCUGAAGAGUUCAUUUUCCAACUUCUCAUAGAACCAGAUGAACGCAGGCCUGACAUGCUCAGGCUUCAUCCAUGCUGUUCAGUGGAAGGGCUACUCUUUCCAAAGGUCACUGGAUUGGCUCAAAGAAAGUCUCUUUUUGGACUCUGGGCCCCUCUUUUUCUUCCCCCAGCUCCUAGGAGCCACCCAGUCUGCCUCUCCUUUCCGGGGCGCGACCCACUUUUGCCAGCUCCAGGCAGAUCCAUAUUCAUGACAGCACGAUGCUUUCAUUUUGCACAGAAGGUGGAUUAGUGCAAAACCAUCGGCAAGCUCUGUAACCACCUCCGGGUGACAGGAAAGCCUAUGGCAACUACACACCUCUGAAAAGGGACAGUGAUGCUGUCCCCCUGGGCGGCUGGUUGCUUAGCACAACCACCGUUCCAAAGGAGUACUCUGGCCAUGCUUGGAGCACAUAACUGUGUGUUGGCUUUUGAGUGACAUCUGUAGACUGAGGGGUAGAGUAAGGCCCUCUUUCUACAGGAGGGGCAUCCAGUAACAUGGAAAGCAAGGCACGGAUAGAGUGUGGUUCAUGCUUCAGAUAUGAUGGAGCUGCUUUGUUGAGAAUUGCCAGGGAAAAUACCCAAAGGGGGAGCAGGGAGAAUGGUGCCUUGGGCUCACCUAGGGCAAGGAAAACGAGCAGUUGAAGGCAUCCUUGUCCUUUUAAAAAAAUCUGUUAAAUAUUUUUUUCCUUUCAUAUUUCUAAAAAUGUGGAUAAUAAAAUUCUUUUGACUGUU